AGACAGACCCAGAGACCGACAGACAGGCUAGGAGGCUAGCCCGGCUGGAGCUGUGUGUGUCCAACCGCAACACACAGUGUCACAUACGGACACAUACACACGCACUGUCAUAUACACGACACACUGUCACGUAAGACACUGUCACACACACACGACACAGGAGUACCGUGCGUCUACCAGACCAGGAGACAGGAGAGGACAAUCGGAGCACUGAGUGAACUGUGCCCCAGCUGCAUGCGUCCUAGCACAUGCAGGAAAUCAGCGGCUGCAGCGACUGGAGUCAUUGUGGUCCCAACCCAACCACCUAACCCAGCCUGGAGCCACCUAACCCAGCCUGGAGCCACCUAACCCAGCCUGGAGCCACCUAACCCAGCCUGGAGCCACCUAACCCAGCCUGGAGCCACCUAACCCAGCCAGGCAACAGCCAUGGACGCUCUGGAGCAGGAAUACAAGUCGCCGUUUGACUUUGAGCAGGGAGUGAAUAGCAGCUACCUCUAUCUGUCCCCCAGCGUCAUUGUAACACCACCGGGCUCACCGCACGUGACUGUCACAGCCAGAGGUGCUGUGAGACCAGACUCUAUCACAGAGGUAGGGGAGGAUGCAGUGAUGUCGGUGACCGUGUCCCCUUCCGUCCCCACCCUGACAGAGGAAGAACAGGAGGAGCUACGAGAUGAACUGCUCAAGUUGGAGGAUGAGGUCGUGACUCUGUCUCAGGUGCUGGCAGCUAAGGAGAAGCAGGUGGCAGACAUCAAGAGGAAGCUGGGCAUCACUCCUCUCAACGAGCUCAAACAGAACAUCAGCAAGAGCUGGCAGGAGGUCACCACCUCUACUGCCUACAAGAAGACGUCAGAGGGCCUGUCCGUAGCUGGUCAGAAGGCCACGGCAGCCUUCACCAGCAUGGGCUCGGCCAUCAGCAGGAAGUUUGAYGACGUCAGAUUGCAAUCUAUUUCCAAUUAUUUUGGCAUACGCUCCCUACAGCAUUCUGCUAGUAUGCCRGUGAUGAGGAACACACCCACCUUUAAGUCGUUUGAGGAGAAAGUCGAGACUUUAAAGGUCAAGAUGAGCCCGACGGCAUCUCAGGAUGACUUUGGCGAUGUGUUGACCUCUACAGCGACGUCUGACCCUUCUGUUCCCGUAGAGAAACGGCCAGAGGCCACACCCAUCGCCACCCAGGAAGAACAGCCCCACUGAGACCAGCCUGACCUUUCACCUCUGACCCCUAGCCAGGGUGACAUUAACUAGAACCAUACCCUCUUUCUCCUUCUGUCUCCCCUCUUUCUGUUCUCUCACCUCCUCCCUUCUUCAGCUCCCUCUUUACAACCCUAUAGCACAAAACAGAACCAACAACCAAAAAAGAAAAAUAAGUUUCCCCAGGAACUUUUAAAUUAAAAAAUAUAUAUAUUAUGAAAAUAUUGUGACACCGUAACACUUGUAGGUUUGUACGACUGUAUGUUUCUAUUCUAAUGUCCAUGGUUGAGGAACCUGCACAAGUAGAAUAAUAUACAUUACACUUAAUGAGAAACUGUAUGUCACAGCAAGUGAAGUUGUGAUGGCACAAAACCAAUUGGUUCACACAGGCCCAUAUCUUUCCAUAACUUUGAGGACUAACAGGCAUUUGUUUUUUCUUUUCUUUUGAUGUACUCCAAUCACUGUAAUACUCUAGGAUGUCAUUUCUAUUCCAACACUGAAGAGGCUUUCUCUGUCAUUUAUUACUCUCACCAAUAGCACCAGUAAUGUGGUGUAGAGCACAGCUGAGUAGAGUUAAUACCAGAUCUGUGUAGCUCACACACUCCUCUCACAGCUUAACCAAAUGGGGGUGGUCUAAAUCUGACCUCUGAGCAGUUCAUAGUGCUUCACUCUGAUAUCAGAGAGGGUGGGCCAAUGCAUCCAGAUCAGUGUGUAAUGAUAGUCGCAGAUGCAUGAUUGGUUAUAAUGGUGUCGGCUGGCCUUGACCCUCAGGUCAGUGCAAUUUACAUCACUCAAAGCCUCACAGCAUGGUGGGCCAAAGUCCGUAUUAGGGCACUUGUCUCACUGGCUUCUCUCUGCUUGGUAUGCUGAAACAGCAGGAUAGUCACUGGAUCCUGUGUACUUCUCUCUGCUUGGUAUGCUGAAACAGCAGGAUAGUCACUGGAUCCUGUGUACUUCUCUCUGCUUGGUAUGRUGAAACAGCAGGAUAGUCACUGGAUCCUGUGUACUUCUCUACUGUUGAAUGAUAUAUGGAUGGUAGUUGUUUUUGUUACAAAGUGAUUUUCAUUGUUUACCUUUUCAUAAAGAUGUACAAUUUUCCUUAAAUUGGAAAUAUACUAUUCUUGACCUAGACUAACUAGAUUUCCUCCCGUGUUGGUAUUUUAAUUUCUCUACAGUGUAUGUGGUAUCCAUUUUUAACAGUUGACUUUCUAUGAGGGAAUGUUUUUCUCUUCUGAACAUCUUGAGGUAUGAAAGAGUGCGAUGCAGAAUCCUGCUAAAUGUUUACUCUUGACCACACUAGGAUGAUACAUACGGUGCCUAAAGAAAGUCUACACAUCCUUGAACGUUUUUCAACAGAAGUCUUUCUAAGAGGUUAAGUGUUCCUGAGUGGUCUAGUCUGUCCAGAGUUAAAUCUGCUUCAAAAAAUCAGAGGCAAGGUUUAAAUAUCACUGUCCACCAGUGAUCCCCAAUCAAAUUUACUGAGCCUGAGCAAUGUUGACAAAAACGAUGGAUAUAUGUUGCCCUAAAAGUUGUGCCAACUUGGUAGAACCUUAAUGGAAAUGAGUCACAGAUGUAAUUGCUGCCAAAGGUGCAUCCACCAAGUAUUAACUCAGGAUAGAGAGACUUAUCCAAUUAUGAUAUCUYUUAUUUGUCUUUUUUUUMGUAAAAUGUUCUAUAACUUUCUUUCACGUUGAAAAUGUGGAGUAGGUUGUGUAGAUCUGUAGGAAAAACAUUUAAUGGGGAGUGUUGACCUUCUAUAGGCACUGUACGUACAUUUUAGGACACAAGUGAAUAUUUGGUUUAAAUGCCCAAUGCAAGUCCUCCCCUACUGGAAGACGACUGGCCAUAUCAUGGCAUGGAUUCAUUGUGGAAAUAAACUUCUGUAAAAAGUCCUGGUUCCACCAUUUAAGAACACAUUAUGGCUAAUAAAAUGUCUUCCAGCGAGAAGUUACUGUAGAUCCUUUGUCCCCAUUUAGCCCAACUGCUAGGGCAGUAGGCUGUUGACUUUUCUGUUUAGUCAUGACCUAUUUCACAGAAAGGUGGUUUCCCACCUCUUCAUUGUGGGCAGAAAUAGUUUGUCAGGAACUCUGUGAUCAAAAGUCUUCUGGUAAACUGCCAGAGAGUAGGCCUUCAACAGCCACCCUGGCACUGGUCUGGUCUCUAAUUGGAAUGCUGACGUCUCWAA